UUUCGGACCGCCUUCAUACUGGAGUCGAUAUCGAAGGGGUGUGUGUUACGCCGUGUCCCUCACACAAUGCCGAACGUCACCCAUCCAAGUUGUGCACCGGUCAUCCCGACCGAUGAACACACAGACACAGACACACAGACACACAGGCGGAGCAUUCAUCGCCCGUGUGUCCUCAGAAACGGGACAUAUGAGGCCGAGGCAUCUGCCGACGUCAUCAGGACAUAUUCCCGCCGCCGUAACCUAUAUAGCGCGUAUGGCAUUGCUCCCCCGGCCCUGUCCCGGAUCUAUCCUCAGCGGCACUUCUCGAGCCCGGCCACAUCGCUUGGAAGCCGACACUGUCUUGCCAUCAACUUUGGCACUGUUCUCUCAAUCCCGAGUGCCUCCGACGUCCAUAUCGUCGCGUAUUCAACCUCUGUCGAUCCAGCCCUCAAGACCAUCCAGACCACAGCCAUGGAUCCCGUUGUGAUGCAAAAUGCCUCAAUCUUUUCGAUUGUCGUCUACAUCGGCACAGCCAAUUUAGCUUUUCAUUGCACAAAAUACGUCAAGUGGAGACAUGCAUUCAACAUUCAGCGCGGUCUCCAGAUACACUCGCUCAUGGCUUUGGCAACCAUAUUCUCGGCACUCUACUGCAUUGGCAAUCAACUGAUGCUUUAUGACGUGUGCACAGCCAACACAUACUGCACCCAGUUCGCCAACUUUCUCUAUGCCUUUGGCGAUUGCAUCGGGUCCGCCUCUAUCGGUUGGGCAUACCUGUUGAGACUGCGAGUGAUGACCGUCAACAGCGAGCCAAUGUACGCAUGGCUCUUUGUAUUUGGGAUUGCACCGAUCGUCUAUGGCACCAACGAUGUGUGCUUCAUCCUCAGUACCUACGGCGUCAUUUCCACGGCCGAAUCGUGGUACCUCAACUUCAUUUUCAACCUGGCACUCGAAAUCAACCUCAUCUGUCUCCAUGUCCUGAUGAUGUUUCGACUGCGUUCCCUCGUCAACUCUGCACGUGUACUAAGAUCGUCGGCACCGUCGCGAACUUUAACAAGUCAAAGUCGAAGCAGCACAACGGGUCGCUUCGAAAGCAGGGAUGAGGUCAAGCGCGAAGGGGCGACCCUCAUUGUGGCGAUCGCAACUGAACUGGCGCUGUAUGUCGGAUUCCAAGUAUACACUCAAUACGACGCCACCGGGUUGAUCGGAAACGCCGUCUGCAUAUUCCUAUGGGUCCUGGACAUUUUCCUGUUCUGCGUCGUCAAUCAGUAUAUCACCAAGAUCAUCAAGAGGUCAUCGGCAACAACAAUGAGUGAAGGCUCGGCAUCAGUGAACCCUUCCAAAUCCUUUCAGCCGGAUAGUCCUUCAAGUAGACCCAUCAUAUCUACCGCACGAAGCUCCAGUGUUGCUCGACCGCUCACAGCUCAAAGCCCGGACAACGAAGUAUAA